AUGAGUAGCAAAACCCGACCUAUCGACGAGUACCGUGCCAGAAAGCAGGCACUAGCAGUCAAGGAAGCCCUUCGGAAGGAACCCCCAGAGAAAUCUCCCUGCCCCGUAUUCUCCCUUGCCAUCUCGGCUGGCCAGGCAGAUUCGUGGAGCGCCCCCGAAUCUGAACAGACAGUGGUCAUGGGAGCAAUCGACGACAUUUGUCGUGAGAUUGGGUGGGAGCUUGCGGGGGGCAUGACCGCCCUAGAUGCUGUGGAGAGUGUGGUUUACACACUGGAGAACCUGGGCUAUUUCAACGCGGGGAAAGGCGCCACCAGAAUAGACUCUGAAUGCCCUCCGUGCAGUGCGGCCAUAAUAGGAGGAGGGCAGAGGGCAAAGGAUAUUCCUACAAAGCAUGGGGUUGCUGUAGGUAUCCAGUCGUUUAAGAAUCCGAUUCGUGUUGCACGAGCAUUCUUGGAUAAGGAUCUUAGGGUUCGAUUUGGCGAACAAGCAAAUGAACUUGGCUGCAAGUCUGGAUGCAGGAGAAUGCCGGACAAUUACUUUGUGGAGGCUGACGAAAACUGGCUGGAUUCGACUACUGUAGAGUUAUAUCGUGCACCAUAUCUUCCAACCUUCUUGGAAGGAGUAGGUGUUGUCGCCAUGGAUAAAUAUGGGGAUUUGGCAGCGGCUGUUUCGAGUGGUGGGCCUGCCGGAGAAGCUGGAGAUCCUACAACUAUGCCUGAAAUUUGUGCGGGAUUAAUGUGCGAUAAUAAUUGUGCAGUUGUCUGCGCUGGUACAAACGAGGACCUCAUGGAGUACGAGCCAGGAAGAAUAGUGUGCAUGCUUAAGAGAGACCCAGCCGAAACCAUCAAAGGAGCUGUUGACCAAGUCUUCGACUUUAUGUUUGAAAAGGAUUGCAACCCACAUUCAAUUAUUGCCGUUGAUAGGACCGGAGCAAUAGAGAUCCGCUCGAAUGCCCGUGUCCAUCUAGUCUCAACUUGUUCUAACCUUGCUGGUAGCUGGACUCGGAUUCAUGGGAACUCGAACCCAGUCACUCCUCAUCACCUCAUUAGAUGUGACGCUUUUCUGGACGCGGGCUUCACGCGUUACCCAAUCUGCGAGGGGCAAGUGGUGGCAACGUUGAAAGACUGUUCGAAUCUUUCAGAUUUAAACUACGCCCAAUUUAUGCAAACCAUGGUCUCGAUUUGGGGUAUGUCAUUGGCCCUUUCUGCUUCCUUAGGCGCCCCCUUCAUUGGACUGGCCUGCAAUGGUACCGGGACACUUUCACUCCUGCCAUUUGAAGACAAGGGGGAAAGCUGGGCCAGAAAGCACUACGAACGAAUGCAACGUGACCCCAACUCACCUUAUCUAACCUCCAAGAAGGGCGACGAUAUAUAUUCAGCCGGGCUCACCGCUAUGGUCCAUAAGAAGCUGGGAGCCGCUGAACCCAAAGAUUUCAGCUUCAAAGGAGAAAUCGAUGAAAAUAACUACUAUACUCAAGUCAUCCGUGGCCAGGUCCCGCACCAUCGAGUCUGGGAGGACCACGAACAUGUUGCGUUCCUUGACCCACAUGGCAGCAGUGUUGGAACGACUAUUCUAGUCCCACGAAAACAGAUCAAAGGUGAUGUGUUUUCUAUGAAGUCCGCCAAUUUCGUCAGCUUGAUGAAGGCCACUUACAAUGUCAUUCAACUCUUGAGAGAUGGCCUGGAAGAUGACAGGGGGAAGCCCAGUUUUACGAUGUUCAUCCAGGAUAUUUAUCAACCCAGAUUGGGCGGAGAAUCCAGGGGUUUUCAGCCUUGA